UUCUUUUCUGGGUUUUUUGUUUACACUUUCCAACCCCUUCUUCUUGUCUUUCCCCACAUCUCCCAAAAAAAAAAAAUAAUAAUAAUCUUUUUGAUCUCUUGAAUUUAUAUUUUUGGUUUAAUUAAUUAACUUUUAGCCUUUUUCCUACUGGCUACCUUCUCUAUUAUCUCUGUGUUUGUGUCUUAAUUUGUUUGUAAGCUAAUUUGCAGAUGAUGUCUGGUAUUGACUUUUGUGCUGUUCCUUCUUCUGUUGGAGAGUUACAAAGCUCUCAGCUUUAUCUUCCUCCCAAUCCGAACCCGAAUCCGAACCCUAACCCUAACCCUAAUUCCGAUUCUCAGCUCCUUCCUUCUCUCCCCAAGAAGAAGAGAAACUUGCCUGGAAAACCAGAUCCAGAUGCGGAGGUUAUUGCUUUGUCUCCAAACACUCUCAUGGCGACCAACAGAUUCAUCUGUGAGAUAUGCAACAAAGGAUUCCAAAGGGACCAGAACUUGCAGCUCCACAGGAGAGGGCACAACCUGCCAUGGAAGCUCCGGCAGAGAAGCAACAAAGAGGUGAAGAAGAAGGUGUAUAUUUGCCCCGAGAAGUCGUGCGUCCACCACGACGCAGCGAGAGCGCUCGGGGACCUCACCGGAAUAAAGAAGCACUUCAGCAGGAAGCACGGGGAAAAGAAGUGGAAGUGUGACAAGUGCUCUAAGAAAUAUGCUGUUCAAUCCGACUGGAAAGCUCACUCCAAGACUUGUGGAACUCGAGAGUACAAGUGUGACUGUGGAACACUCUUUUCCAGGAAAGAUAGCUUCAUAACUCAUAGAGCAUUCUGCGAUGCUUUGGCUGAAGAAAGUGCGAGGCUGAUUUCAUCAGUUGCAGCAGCAAAUUUAAAACCCAAUUUCAGUGGGAAUAAUUCAAUGAACAAUUCCCAUCACUUUGGCCUCCCCAAUCCCAAUCCCAAUCCCAAUCCCAAUCCCAAUUCCAAUUCCAAUUCCCAAGGUUCAAGUUUCCAACUUGGGCAAGGAGUAUUUGUCGUGGGAUCAGAAAAUUUUGACCACUUCAAUAAUAAUAACAAUAAUCUCCUCCCAACGGAACCACCUUCAUUAUCUGGCUUCCCAUUCCCAACCCAAAUUCCCUCCUCCAAUAAUCUCUUCGAAAUCCCAAAUCGAAUAUUGGGUUUUACCAACAAAAAUGGCUCCAAAAGACACACCAACAAUCAAGAGGCGAAGGAAGAUGGUUACUUCUCAUCCAGCUUCUUCGGCGGCGGCGGCGGGGGCCUGUCGGCGACGGCGCUGCUGCUGAAGGCGGCCCAAUUGGGGUCCACAAGAAGCGACCCAUUAUCGUUCUCAGGGAGCAGCGUGGGAGUGAUGAUGAGUUCAUCAUCAUCAGCUUCUAAUAAUAAUAAUAAUAAUUCGAAGAAUGAUAAUAACCAAAGCAGAAGCGAGUUGCAGCAGCUGUUUGAGGGCUCCAUUAAUGGCGGAUUGACGAGGGAUUUUCUUGGGAGUACUGGCGAUGAUCAUCACAAACAAAUUGUUCCGCAGAUGGUUCCAUUAAUGGACCUCACCAAGUUUGCUAACUCCAAUAUGAAUUCGGAUCCAAUCGGGUCCACCCAAUUCAUUGCCAAUGAUCGAACCAGAUAAUUCAAAACUUUUUUCAUUUUAGAUAUGUUGUGUUGUGUGUGUAUAUCAAUAUCAGAAUUUUAAUCGGAAAUUAUGCUGGGGAAAGUGUUCAUAUUGUUAAUUUAAUUGUAUAAUUAUAAAGUUUUGGCAGGAAACUAAUUUGUUGAAAUUUA